UCAAAAUGGUGGAAGGCAAGUUGUACCCACUGUGCGGAGAUAUGAACAAUAAACAUGUGGUUCCUACAUUGUUACAAUGGAACCAGAUUAAUUCGGGCGGAAUCUUUCUGUAGGUCUACGUUUUCGACACGGACGGUUUUUUUAAACGGACGAAACGCUCAAUCCCUGGCGAAAUGGAAGUGAAAAAUGCGAAUGCCGCUAUGCUCAGUAACUAUGAGAUAUUUAAGCUACUGACAGAUCUGAAGGAGCAGAGGAAGGACAGUGGGAAGAACAAGCACAGCGCCGGGCAGCAGAAUCUGAACACCAUCAUGUAUGAGACGCUGAAGUACCUGUCGAAGACACCAUGUAGCAGACAAAGUCCAGAGAUCGUUAAAGAGUUUCUCACCACCAUGAUUCCUCAUAAACUCACAAAAGCAGAAAAACUGCAACUUUUAAACCAUCGGCCCCAAACUGCCGUGGAAAUUCAGCUGAUGGUAGAGGAGAGUGAGGAGCGCUUAUCAGAGGAGCAGAUAGAGGAGCUUAUCCAGACCAUUGCAGAGAUCCUGCCUGGUGACCCAGAGCAGGAAAACACAGCUCCAGCAGACGCAGAGAUGGAUGAAGCAGGCGAACAGUCAUGACAGCGGCAGGACAGAAGUGAACCAAAGGUGGAAAACUGAGACAGACGUAUUACAUAACUGGACUGGUUUCUAUCGGCCUGCACUAUGCUCCAUAUCUGUGGAACUGGAUAACAUGCUCAUAGAAGGCAUGUACAGUGACCGGAGGAUUUAUUUAUUUGUUAUUUUUUCCCAAUUUAUUAUCAGUGCAUGUAUUCAUGUCAAACAUGCAAACAGUUAUACAGUUUGUCUUUUUUGCAUUUGAUUUAUAAUGUGUAAUUCAAAACAGGGUUCAGUGCUGUUAUCCUGCUGUAUUUAUAGUUUCUGAGUUAAUGUUUGUUGGUUUUUACCAGGGUGCAGGAUUUUGCUCCUUAUGAAUUGAAAUCAAAGCAGUUAAGAAAAUUAAUAAAUAAUUUAUAAUACAUUUAUAUAAAUUGCUUGUGAACUUUCCUCCUUGGCUGUGCUGUAUUUCUGCAAUCCAACUGCUUUCAAAUGGACCUACACAGUCACUCACCUCCUGGUGACUCAUGUUUAUCAAUAUGAAUCCUGAAUUGGCAUAACUUUGAAAAAAAAGAAAUCUGUGCAAGGUGAUUGUAGUGGUGUGCCUGUGGUUCUGCUUGAGUUCACUUGUUCAAUUAAAAACACAUUUUGCCUGCGUUUAUAAUAACAUUUGUAACUCACUCCAGCCUGAUUUGCCUGCAUUCUCUUCCUGCUGAAGAUCAGGUUUCAAGUUCACUAUUUACAGCGUAGUUUUAUUAAGGCGUCUGAGAUUGAAAGAGCCAAAAACCAAUGGAUAAGAUUCUUUCAAGCUGCAAUACAACAACACCCAAAAUAAUGACACGCUUCAUUCAAUAAAGCUCAGGCUCUGCUGCAUGAACUUCACAUUUUAUACUAAGAGUAGAGUUGUGUCUAUAUUCAUCUAUUGCUUAAAGCAUAAAAAAUGCAUGCUUUUUGUUUUGUGAACAUGUCAGCUGAUGGUGGUGCCGCAGUGAAUUGUGGGAUGGCAUCCCUAACCUCCUUUUGCAAAGCACAGUCUGGUAAAGGAGAUGCUAAAGGAAACAUUGAAUCUCCUCUCCUUUGCAUUUUACAUAUUCAGCCAGCUCAUAAAAAGAUACAAAAGACUGAAGAUGUCUUCAGUCUGAAAAUCAGUCUAUUUGAUUAUGGCUAACGUUCUAUUAGGAACCUUCCACUACAGUUUACAGCUAAAAAGGGAUGUUUCCGUGUUCAACACCUACCCAAUGCUUUGUUUAGUUGUUUAACUUUUAGUUGCCAUGAGUAAACUAGUUUUCCAAAAAUAAAGAUUUGUGUUUGUACAAUAUGACUCUGUUGUUCUAGACGUAGUAUCUGUGAGGUGAGAAAUUAUGUUUGUAAAGUAAGGACCAGGAAAGCAUUUGUUUAUGGAAGCUAGACAAUUUCAAGGGGAUUUUUUUUCAACAUCGUAAUUGCAAAGUAAUAUAAAUUUAAGGCCACCAAGUUUAGAAAAUAAGUAACUGGGGAUAAAAUUCCAAACUGAAAGGGGGUUUUGAAGAAAUUGUUUAAUCCAGUUUAUUUCAAAGGUGUCAUUUAGGGUUGAAAAGUGGAAAAAAUUUAGACCACCAUGUUUGUACGAAUUCAUUAAAACUGAUUUCCUAAUGUAAUGUAUCCUGUUUUUCCAUACAAAAUUAUAAAGUAUUUUGUCAAUAGAUUCAGCAAACCUUUUGUCCACAGCAAGAGACAAGGCUGCAUAAGUCAAACGAGAUAUUCCCUCUGCUUUGGUCAACAGAAUUCUUUCUCUAAACGUCAAAUCUCGUUAUAGCCAUGAAUUUAUUUUUUUCUGUACUUUCCCUGUAAUGGGGGUCAAACUUCAGAGUGCAUCUGUGAUUUUCUCUUGGUCGUUGCUCAUUUUUCAAUGUUGUUACCAGCUACUGACUCCAUGCGCAGGGGCGUGGUCUGCUUCGGCAAGGUGAUUAAGAACGAUUGUGAUUGGUGGAUCACUG